AUGAGUGAGCCCUGGAACACGAACGUACUACGUACGCGGUUUUGUCAUGCUUUAUCGGAGAUGUACAAAAGCGAAGUCCCGUUAUACGGAGACCUGAUUGAUAUCGUAUGGGAGGCAGAUGCGAAAGCCAUCCAGGUCACCCAAGAAUGCGGGGGAAGCAACGCGUCGAUUGAUCCAGACGAUAUUCUUCCUUCGCGACACCGGGUUGAAAGACAUGGCGCGAUUCGUCUAGGAACCGCACAUGAACUAAGCACUAUCCGACGCAUGUUUGCCGUUAUGGGAAUGUAUCCUGUGGGAUAUUAUGACCUAAGUCUUGCUGGCUUCCCUAUGCAUGCCACCGCUUUUCGACCGGAUACACAAGAAGCACUUUCCCAUAACCCCUUUCGUGUCUUCACAACUGUUUUACGAAUGGAAAUUUUGACUGAGAAAACAAGAGCGCUCGCUCAAAAGGCACUGAAGAAGAGAAAGAUCUUUACCCCGCGACUCAUUGCACUAUUGGAUGUCUUCGAAGCAAAUGCUUUCCUGACUCCUGCGGAGUGUGCAGAGUUCAUUGAAAAUGGAUUAGAAACUUUCAGGUGGCAUUCAAAAGCGACUGUUACACUAGAUGAUUACAUACAGCUCAAGGCUGAGCACCCCCUUAUCGCUGAUGUCGUCUCUUUCCCCAAUUCACAUAUUAAUCAUCUGACCCCUCGCACAAUUGAUAUCGAUUUGGUGCAAAAGCUCAUGGUGGAUCGUGGAAUGCCAGCCAAAGAUCGGAUUGAAGGCCCACCUAGGCGAAAUUGUCCAAUCUUGCUACGACAGACAAGCUUCAAAGCCUUGGAGGAGACGGUUUACUUCCGAGAUGCAUCUAAUAACUAUAUAAAAGGGUCACAUACGGCACGAUUUGGAGAAGUUGAACAAAGGGGUUAUGCUUUAACGCGAGAAGGACGUCGACUUUAUGAUCAAAUUUUGGAUCGCGUCAAUCUUGAAGCGGCGAAGAAUCAGCUGACCGGGGAUGACUACGAACAACUUCUGGAAAAUAAAUUCAAGCUGUUUCCAGAUAACCUUGCCGAUCUUCAUAGCCAAAAACUAGCAUAUUUCUGCUAUCAGUUGGUGCCAAAUGAUCAGAGGCUUGCAGAGGACAAAACGGACGAGCGAAUGUAUGCCAAAACCACAGCAUCUCUGCAGGAGCUCUUGGACAAUAAUAUCUUGUCAUACGAGCCGCUUACUUAUGAAGAUUUUUUGCCAUUGUCUGCAGGUGGUAUUUUCAACUCUAAUCUGGGCAACUUUUCUCAAUCUAAGCAGCUUAUAAUGAGCGCGGAACCGGAUCUUGAUGGGUUUCAACGAUGCAUGGGUGCUUGCAUCACAGAUGAGUUUCACAUUUACGCCGAGAUGCAAGCGAAGUCUAUUAGACAUUGUGCAAGGAUCCUUGGGCUGGAUAUUACAUUAUAG